UAUUAAAAUUCAAAAAUUAUUUUUUUAAUAUUUCUAUAUUUUCUAUUUGACAAUGAAAAAAUUUCUUUAAAUUAAAAUUAUAAAAAAAAAAAAUAAGAAAAGAAAUAUUUUCAAAGGUCGCCGCAAUUUGUUUUCAUUGAAAAUAAUUUCGAAACCAUGCCAACGAUUUAGAAUCAAAUCAAUAUUCCUACAACUUCAGCUCGUGUCAUUUCUUUGGUUUCACAUAAUAAGUGAACCAAUUUGUUUUUUAAAUUUUCUCUCAAUUUGAAUAGAAUUUCGAUUUUUCUUUUUUUUUUUUAACAAAAUGAGCGAGAGAAAAUAUUUUGUUUGGAAUGAAGUUACCGAAGGAAUUUCACUUGCAGGUAGAACUUCAAAAUUAGAAGAAGAUCAAAAGAAAAAUAGAGGGAAAUUGAAAUUAUCGCAAAAGGAAAUUGAUAUUUUUUGUCCACACUCAUAUUUAGUUUUUAAUUUUCAAGAAGCUUUGAGCACAAAUCAAGAGAUAAAAUUUCGUAAACAUUUUAUGAGAAAAAGCAAAUCAAAGGAGAAUGAUAUUAUUUAUUUACAAGAUGUGAAAAAUUUAGUACUUUAUCUAACGACAAAUCGAAUUAGUGUACAGUUUAUUAAUUUUUUUCAUUUACCAAUAGCCGAUUGUUUUUUACGUGCACUUAUUAUUUAUUUUCAAUAUUAUCUUGAGACUUGGGAGGAAAUGAUGACAACACGAAAUGCAAUUGAGAAGAAAAUUGAAAAUCCUUUAGCGCAUGGCGAACAAUUGAAACGUGCAAAUGAUUUAAAUUGUUUACGUUUAAUUUUAGCCAGUGAAUAUUCAAAUUUAUUAAUUGGCUCCAAUUAUGGUGAAUAUUAUCAUCAUAUGAUGAUUGAUAAAAAAUCAUUUAUUCAAUCGCAACAUGAAAAGGAUUUGAGAAUUUUUGAAACUUUAUUGGCAAUUUCACAUCAAGUUAUUUGGAUUGCAUUGCAGAGAAAAUUUUACAAUUUAAUUGAAAUUGAAUUACACAGAUUGUUUAGAAAUGAUUCUUACAAUAUAGCGGAGAGAAAAAAUCCAGAACUGAUGAAAAAUAUCAAAGACAAUGAACGUGUUGAGUUACAUGGACCAAAAAUGAGAAAAAGAAGAAAACUUUUGAGAAAUUCAUCAUUGCCUUAUCAAUUAUUGAAUUCAGAAUGUGAUUUUCGACUUUUGGCUUUAGAUUCAUUGACAUCAAAAGAUCCACGUGUUAUUUUUUUUCAAAAUGCUCUACAUCUCGAAGAAGAUAAACUUGGAGAAUUGGGAAUAAAAGUGGGAAUUUUGGGAAUGCCACGUUCAAAUUUCGAUCAUUUACUAUUGCCAAUUUCUGAGCCAAUUAAAAAUGAAGACGAAGAUCUAUCACAGGAUCAAUUCUUCCCCUGGAAAAUUAAUCUCGAGAAAUCGUUUGAGGAAAUUCCAAAUGCUCGACCAGAUUUUGAGUUAAAUUUAAAAUUGGAGAAAAAAUCGAAAUUCUAUACGAGUAAAAAAUAUAAUAAAUCACGAAAAGAGGAGAGAAAAAAAUGGAUUGAUCGUGCAAUUAUUCUUGCGACAAGAAAGCAAAAAGAUAUUAUUUCAACGACAACAACAACAUGGGAGCAUAAUUAAAUUAGUAAUGUAAAAAUGAAAAACAAUUAUAAAUAACUAAAAUUUUAAUUGUUUUAAAUAAAUGGAGAA